ACGACUUUCGGUUUCAUUUUGUGGAUCACGUUGACGUUUUAUGAAAGUUUUAUUUAUUUACUGCCUAAUUAUUUCAACUAAAGUAACGAUGAUUUCAAAAACAUUAAGAACAAUAAUAAUGGGUCCUCCGGGAUCAGGAAAGGGCACAAUAUCGUCGAGAAUUAUCAAAGAUUUUAACUUAAAACACUUAUCAAGUGGCGACCUCUUGAGAUCCCAGAUUCUUAACAAGACUAAGGAAGGUUUACAAGCCAAAACAUUCAUUGACAAAGGUCAGCUGGUCCCCGACAAGGUUAUGGUUCAGCUCAUUCUAAAUGAGCUACAUAAACUGAAGCAGGAUAGUUGGCUUCUUGAUGGUUUUCCUAGGACUGUGCCACAGGCCGAGGCUCUACACACUAAAGAACCAGCUGAUGUUGUGAUAAACCUUAAUGUUCCCUUUGACAUCAUCAUGCAGAGACUGACGGGCAGGUGGACACAUGCUGCCAGUGGCAGAAUUUACAAUACAGAGUUCAAUCCCCCUAAAAUCCCAGGUAAAGAUGACAUCACUGGUGAAGAUUUAAUACAGAGAGAUGAUGAUAAACCAGAAACUGUGAAGAAGAGACUGGAAACCUAUCAAGAACACACACAACCUGUACUUAACUUCUACAGAAACUUAGGAAUCCUAGAAGAAUUCACAGGCAAAUAUUCCAAUGAAAUUUGGCCAAAGGUCCACAAAUUUCUAUCCACAAAGACUGAACCACUACAGUACACUGUGUACAAGUAACUCCUGUUUUACCGAGCUGUUGACAGUUAUUUAAUGUAGUUCUGCUCGUUACUGAUUAUUUAUGAUUAUGGCUGUGCCAUUUUUGAUUGUAUCCUGCAGUUACAUUUGUAUGAAGUAUUAGGUAUUUAUAUGAAGUUUUGAUUUGUAUUUAAAAAGGGACUGGUUCACAAUUUUUGAUAAAAAUAAAGUCUCUAAAAUGAGCUUCCGUGAUAAUGUAUAACCAUAAUUUUUAUGUUAAAUCUUUUAAACACAUUAAACAGUAGAUUUUGAUCAUUAAAAGUGAAAAAGAAAAUUUUGGGGGAAAUCGUGAAUCAGUCCCUCUAAAGCUUGUUAGUGAAUGAGAAAAUAUGUGCCAGUUUACUGUUUAAGGAGGUAUGCUACAUCAGAGAAAUUUGAUGUAGAUGAAAAGUGGAGGAUAUGUACAACAAUAUUUUGAAGUUGAAAAUUUUCAAAUUUACUUUAUUUUGUCAAAAAAUACAGUUUUAGUAGAAGGUAAUCUGAAAAAAAUUUAAAACCCCCGCUGGACUCGAACCUGCGACCUACAGUUCAGCAGUCGGUAUUCUAACCUACUGAGCUACUCAGCUUGGUAUUUAAAUGAAAAAGGAAAAGUCAAAUAUUGCUGAUAUCGAUUUUUUCAUCCAUGUUUUUAAAGGAAGUCAGCCAUUAUGACGAUGUAGAGUACUACCUUAAUUUCAAACUUGUAGGGUGUGCAUCUUUGUUCCCAUGUUCUCGGACAUAACAAUAUGUGUACUGUAUUGCGCUUUUUGUGCAUGAAAGAAUGUUCUGCCUCAGCACAAUCUAAAGAUAACAAAUAUAAGUUUAACUUGUCCCUAAUUCUUAAUUGUUUAAUCUGUUGCUCAUUAGGUGAAAUUGACAAAACUAAUUGUAAUUCUGAUCUGGUAAUGAUAAAAUUACAUACGGCAUCACAAACUUAAAACCACAUGAAUUUCCAUCUAUACAAUGAUAAUUCUAUUGAUUUAAAGUAAUAUCAACCUCAUGUGACAUCAUAAGAUUUUGCAAAAUUCAAUGAUGUAUUUAGAUUUAUGCAUGAUAGGAACUUAAAGUUUGUUGGUGUCUUUUCCAAUUGUUAUUGUAAAAAAUCUUGUUAAAUAUAAAAUAUUUCAAAAGUCUACGUUAUAUAUGAAUAAUAUAUGUUUCAAAAUAUUGAAUCCAUCUGCAAUAUCUGUUUUCAUUGAUUUCUUUAUCAUGUUCAUUGUGCGACAGAUUUCAUUUAUUUAUCACAAACAUUUUGUAUGCUUAUGUAAAGAAACAGUUUCAUGAAAUUGUUAUGAAUACUAUCAUAUUGUUAAAACCAGUUUUUGUGAAAUUUUUGAUACUGCUGUUUAAAAAAAAUUGCAAUUUUCUGAUGUUGAUAUGAUUUUGUUUACAUAUGAUGACCUAUUAUAAUAUAUUUUAUUUUAUGAUUUAGAGUUACUGUUAACUCUAAUGGAAAUAAGUAUACGCUUUCAAUACUUUUAUGAGAAUGGUGUUACCUUAAGCAAGGUCACUCCAAACUUGGACAGAUAUUUAUGGUCCUUGGAUUUUUUCAUCAAUAUGUUCAAAUUAAUAAACCCUAUCAACAAUUCUAAUGAUGUGUAGCAAUCCAAUAAGCUAAAUUUUACUCACUAGUCACGGCAUAACAAUUUCAGAACAUCAACAAUUUAAGAAAUUGUUCAUUGUACUUGUUUUAUACCUCAGAGAGAGAGAGAGAGUGAACAGUCUUGGUGCUAGUUGUGAUCUUUUUGAAUUACUCGUAUAAUUUUCAUGGUAUAAAUAUCUACAUUGAUUGUGUAAA